AUUACUUUUAAUAUAUUUAGGAAACAUUAUCACAUGUGGUCUGUGAUUAUCACCAAGUUCUUUUUUACUUGUAAUAUGAUUUCGUUCGACAGCAACCGUGACAUAUUUACUGUUUAUGUCGAGCUUCUGCUGGAUGAACGUCAUGUCGAUGGACAUUUGGUGGACUUUCAGAGGUUAUGCGAAGGCUCGCCCCAUACACCGACGGGGCGAGAUGUUCAAAUUCUGCAUGUACUGUCAAUACGGUUAUGGCGUUCCUAUUUUGCUCACAAUAAUCCUCACUGUGAUGGACCUCGUAGAUCUCAGACAUAAACCCUGGAUCGUAGUUCCUGGAAUUAUUAAGAUGGGCUGCUUUAUUGGAGACGAUGGGAAGUUCUUCUAUCUGUACGUACCAAUGCUAAUUCUAACCAUGACUAACUGGGUGCUGUUUCUCAUGACGGCGUUUAAUAUAUGGCGACUACAUCGGAAUACUGCUGUACUUGAUUCAGCCGCAGCCGGUACGCCUGCUGCUCAUCGCACACAGCGAUACCGAUUACUGGUUUACCUUAAAUUGUCUAUUAUCAUGGGCAUCAAUUGGGUGUUGGAGGUGAUUAGCUCCAAUUAUCCAAACUUCAAAGGCUGGUACAUCACAGACGCUUAUAAUUUGCUCAUGGGCUUCUUUAUCUUUCUAAUUUUUGUCUGCAAGAGGGAAAUUUUACGAAAACUUAUUAAAAGGUUCAAAAGCGACAACGAGUUUCAAUGGCGGCGUAAUUUAUGGCACUCCAAGAGUAAUAAAAGCGCUAGUAGCGCUGUUAGCCAUACUACCGACUCCGAAAUCAGCCAGGACACGCCACUGCAAGUCUGCAUCCACCCUAAGGGACCAGCACCUAACUACAUCUCACAUUAAGGCCUUGGAAAGAAAUUACUAAAUAAAUUAAAAUGAAUAAAUUAAAUUAGAAAGAAAUUAAAUUAGUUUUCUUAAAAUUUUAAAUAGUCAUGUAGUUGUCUAGUCGACAAUUUUAUCGAUAUAUUGUGAAAGUAGGUAUAAUUUUACCAAUAUUGUCUGAAUGAUGAAUGUUACGAUGUUGUAAUCGUCGCUUAUAUGCUAAGCCGCAUCACAAAAAUUUCAAAAAUGUUUUUAUUCCAAAAACGUGUCCAAAAACGAUCAACGACUUUAAUACUACACCAAGACACCUCAAUUUAGCAUUAUAAAUAAUAACUCUGUUUAGGGCUUACUGUCAGGCGUUCUACACUAGUCUGUUGUGGUACCAUUGCUCUAAGCGAGCUUUUGAUAAACUCAAG